GAAGAGUCGCGUGCCACAGAUCCCCAUCGCAGCCAUUUUGGAGGAGGAUGCAGCCCGAGCUCGCCCUCGAUCAGCGCGGCGACGGGAUGUACAGCGGUUCGUUUCGGUGGACCGAACACAAACAAUUUCCAGCCUUGCCACGGCGCAGUGGAGCCGCCGCGCCAACAGCCCCAUUGGCCAUCGGCUGGCAAGGCUAUUUGGGGCAGUGCCAUGCGACCAGUUUGCUGCCCUGGGCGACGAACGACCCGUCCUUCUUGGAUGCGCUCUCGUUCCCAAUGACGUUGGUGUACAUGACCAAGCUCCUCAACGCCGAGGCAGCUUGGCCACCGGGGCGUACUGUCACCAUCCUUGUCGUUGGCGCGACAGUCAAAGCCGAGCAGCGCAUUUGGAACCACACCAACUAUUGGGCGGAGAUUUCGGCCUUCUACCCAGACCGCGCCUUUGACGUCUGGUUCAUCGGGCCCGAAGUCUCGAUGAGCGUUCAUGGCGGCACCGCCAAGAGCCGGGUAACUGCCCAUGCCUAUCGUGGGACAACAGGCAGCUUCCUCGCAAGCCACGACGUCGACGUCGCGACGACCGUCGUCAUCGGGUAUAACACGGGCUUUGGCAACUUUGUCGAGUCGGGCCGCUACGAUUUGCUCUGGAGCUGGCUUCCCGACCUCUACGCGAUCGUCGCGUCCGGCCUCCUAUCUAUCUUUGCGUGCGCCAACGACUAUGCAGAUAUGAACGGCGAGUUUGCCGUGCAUACGCGCGUGCUCGGCUCGAACAUGGCCUACUUGCCGCGCGACAACCCGUUCUCGGCGGCGUCGCAUUUGCACGAAGACGGCAAGCGCGAGUCGGCGUGGAGUCGCGCCAACAGCUUCGUGUACGCGAUCCAAGGCGGCGACCGGACGCGGCAGCAAACGCUCGAUCUUGGCGAUUUGAAGCGCCUCUCAGCACUCCUCGACGCCGAGGCCGGCGAUACCCACCUCAUUGACCGCGUCGGACGGCACUGCUUUCGGGGGAUGGUCUUGUCCAAGGAGCAAGCGGCCCGCUGCAAGCUUCUGCAACAGAAAAAGCCGCCACCGGUGGACCGUAUUGAAGCUGCUGACGUCAACAAGGACGAUACGGACAAGCGAAUUGUCGAUGACAACUCUGACGCAAACCAGAACCAGACACGGCACCAGAACAAGGUAGAGACGCUCGAACCUGUGCCCCCAAUGGAGGAGGUAAUCGAGCGGAUGGUCGAGACAACAACACCGAUGCCUUGUGAAGCCAUGCCGCAGUACGAGCUGAUCUCGACCAUGGACAAUGCAAAGAUGACGCUCACGAUCCACACGCCGGCUCUUGCAUCGGUGAGAGACAUGGCGCUGGACGUCUCGAGCGACAUGCUGCAGUUUGUUGUCCCCGGCGUCUACCGCCUGCAAGUCGCGCUGCCGUGGGCCGUCGACAAUGCGACGACACGUCCCACCUUCUCCAAGAAGGCACGCCGCCUCGUCAUUGCGCUCGCCAGUCCGACAGCGUAGCCCACCUGUUUGUAUCGGAGUUUUACCGACGAUGGUUUGUAUAUACCAUUCUUGUUUGUGCGCCUGCGCUGUGUACGAUCCGAGACCAGUCUAUCC